GUGAGUGUCGCCAGGUUCACACGCUGCAGUUGUAGUGUGUGUGUGUAGCUCUGUGUAUGAGUGUGUGAAUGUUUAUUUCAGCUUUUUAACACACAUUUAUAAAUUAUAAACCCAUAUUUAUAUCAGGUCUCGUUCUCCGGGUGUCGGUGUGUCUCUAUGGGCGGGAAAAAGAAGAAAUCCGCGUCUCUGACUCCGGCUGCUGCAGCUGCUGGACCUGUAAACCCGGCAAACCCGGUACCGGAGCAGCAGAAAACCACCAACACCAAAACCUCCAGCAAGGAGAAUAAAACUAAAGCUCCCAAAACCUACAGCCUCACCAGCAGCUCGCAGGUGGACCCCAGUGGAGUCUCAGAUAAAUCUGUCCUCAAGGUUGUUAUUCAGUCGGACCUGGAGAAGAAAAUCAUCAAACUGAUCAACGACCAUCGGCAAGAGAAUGGAGAUAAUGGACCCAUAUCAGGGAGACUCACCACCAAGAAACUGCUGGACUUGUACACAGCUCUGCAGAAGUUCCGCUUUAAGACGGAGCACAUAGAGGAGGCUAUGAAGAGCAGCAUGCUGUACGGAGGAGAUCUGCACUCAGCACUCGACUGGCUCUGCCUGAAUCUUAAAGAUGAUGAGCUGCCGGAGGGGUUCAGUCAGAGCCUGCGAGAGGAGAACACCAAGAGCCGGGCCCGGUUCCAGCAGCAGAACCAGCAGAACCAAACACCGGCCAGGAAACAGGAGGAGAAACCCAAAGCAAAGCCGCAGGUGAAAGGUGAGAGUGUGAAUAUGAAGGAGUGGAUUCUGAGAUACGCUCAGCAGGAGGAAGAGGAGAGCAGUGAAGAAGAAGAGGAGGAGGAGGAGGAGGAGAGGAAGAGCGCAAACGGGUCCAGAAACCCAGAACUGAGCGAGAAAUUCGAUCCUAAUGAACGGUACCUGCUGCUGACCGCUCAGCUGUAUGAUGCCAAGGAAACGGCAGCGGACGCCAAAACCAAGAAAGAUAAAACGGGCCAGCGGACAGCACAGGACCGCAUCAGGGUCAUCCAGCAAGAGAUGAAGCCGCUGGAGUCUCACCCGCUGUUUAACCCGGCUAUUAAAGUGACGGACACUCCGAAAGAGGAGAAGAAGGAGAAGAAGGCGGCUCCUGUAAAGGAACAGAACGAGGACCUGAACUUUAACCUGUUCGAACAAGCUGAGAAACAGCCGGCCGAGAAAACUGAGAAGAAGAAGGAGCAGAAGGACGUGAGGGACUUUGAUUAUACCGGCCGCAGCUGGACGGGAAAAUCACCCAAACAGUUCCUGAUCGACUGGUGCAGGAAGAACCUUCCCAAGAGCCCCCCGCCGUCCUUCCAGAAGGUUCCUGCAGGGAGACACUGGAGAUGCAAGGUUCGUAUUCAGAGGCCGGAUGAUGUGCUGGAGGUCUGUCCCUCCAUCGUGACGGAGGACAGCCUGCAGGCGCAGCAUUUAGGAGCUACGCUGGCUCUGUAUACUCUGGUGAAGGGACAGUCGGUGCACCAGCUCCUCCCCCCUCCGUAUCGAGACGUGUGGUUGGAGUGGAGAGACGGAGAGCAGCAGAAGGAGGAGGAGACUCGCACAGCCAUCAAUAAACCCAGAGAUCAGUUCAUUGCCCGCCUGCUCACCCGCCUCAAACAGCAGCAGCCCCACAGUCAGCAGCCCAGCGUUGGCGCCUCGAGUGCGGGGGAGGAGCCGGAGGACUCGUGGGAGAGCUUGGCGGGUCCGGACGAUGCUCAGGAGGUCCAGUCCUCGCUGCGGGAGGUCCGGCAGUGGGAGGAGGCGCGGUCUCUGUACCUGUCCCGGCGCGGCUCGGCUCUGGCUCUCAGGCUGCGGUCGGAGAGAGAGCAGCUGCCCGUGUUUCAGCACCGCGGCCGUGUGCUGGAGACUCUGCGGCGCCACCGUGUGGUGGUGGUGGCGGGAGAGACAGGCAGCGGGAAGAGCACCCAGAUCCCGCAGUUCAUCCUGGAGGAUCUGCUGACUGGGGAGAAGGAGGCGCGGCCCUGUAACAUCGCCGUCACCCAGCCCCGGAGGAUCUCCGCCAUGAGCCUCGCCAGCAGAGUCAGCCAGGAGCUGGGGAGCGAGGACGGACCGGGGGGCAGGGACUCUGUGUGUGGGUAUCAGAUUAGGAUGGAGAAUCGUUCCUCAGACUCCACCCGGCUCCUCUACUGCACCACCGGCGUCCUCCUCCGCAAACUCCAGCAGGACCGCCUCCUCUCCUCCCUCACACACAUCAUCGUAGACGAGGUUCAUGAACGCAGCGUCCAGUCUGAUUUCCUGCUGACCAUCCUGAGGGACGUGGUCCAUAAGCGCUCGGACCUGCAGCUGAUCCUGAUGAGCGCCACGGUGGACUGCGACAAGUUCUCCGCCUACUUCAACCGCUGCCCCGUGGUCUCCAUCCCCGGCAGGACCUUCCCUGUGGAGGUGUUUCACCUGGAGGACAUCGUGGAGGAGACGGGUUAUGUUCUGGAGGAGGAUUCAGACUACAGUCAGCGGUUUGUGGAGGAGGAGGAGGAGGUUAGCGUCUCCGUCACUCAGAAAGGAGGAAAAACACUGCAGCAUCAGGAGAUGAUAAUGCGAGACUCUGCUGGUUGGGAUUUGGGUCCAGAGCUGGAUCACUUCAGUAGCCGAACCCGUCGAGCCCUGCAGUACAUGAACCCAAACAAGAUCAACAUGGACCUGAUUCUGGACCUGCUCGCAUACCUGGAUAAAUCUCCUCAGUUUGCUGAGGUAAACGGGGCGGUUCUGGUGUUUCUGCCGGGAUUGGCUCACAUCCAGCAGCUCUAUGACCUUCUGACCACCGACAAACGAUUCAGCGCCAGGGACAGAUAUAAGCUGAUAGCACUUCACUCCACGCUCUCCUCCCAGGACCAGGCCUCAGCCUUCACAGUGCCUCCUGCUGGAGUCAGAAAGAUUGUUCUGUCCACAAACAUCGCUGAGACAGGAGUCACUAUUCCAGAUGUGGUGUUUGUUAUCGAUACGGGGAGAACGAAGGAGAACCGGUAUCAUGAGAGCAGUCAGAUGAGCUCUCUGGUGGAGACGUUUGUGAGUAAAGCCAGCGCCCUCCAGAGGCAGGGCAGAGCGGGACGAGUGAGGAGCGGCUUCUGCUUCAGACUCUACCCCAAAUUCAGGUUUAACAGCUUCAUCGAUUACUCCAAACCCGAGAUCCUGAGAGUUCCACUAGAGGAGCUCUGUCUGCACAUCAUGAAGUGUGAGUACGGUUCUCCGGAGGAGUUCCUGUCUCGGGCUCUGGACGCUCCUCAGCAGCAGGCUGUGUGUAACGCUGUGGGGUUGCUGAGGAAGAUCGGCGCCUGUGAGCAGGAGACCCACACGCUGACCCCGCUCGGCCACCACCUCGCCGCCCUGCCCGUCAACGUCAAGAUCGGCAAGAUGCUCAUCUUCGGCGCCAUCCUGGGCUGCCUGGAGCCCAUCGCGACGGUAGCUGCAGCGAUGUCUGAGAAGUCUCCGUUCUCCACCCCGAUGAGCAGGAAGGAGGAGGCUAAUCUGGCGAGAGACGCAUUAGCCGUGGCUGACUCCGACCACCUCACCAUCUACAACGCUUAUCUAGGGUGGAGGAACGCCCGCAUUGAAGGAACGAGGACGGAGAUGAGCUACUGCAGGAAGCACUUUCUGAACCGAACCGCGCUCAUCACCAUCGAGAAUGUGAAGCAGGAGCUGAUCCGGAUGGUGGAGCAGACGGGCUUCACCAGAACCUCACAGACCCGCUCUAAACCCAAAGCCCCCCCGUCGCUCUCUAAAGCGGACUCCCCGAUUCUGGCCGCGGUUCUGACGGCCGGGCUGUACGAUAACGUGGGCCGGACGCUGUACACGCCGUCGGUGGACCUGCAGGAGCGCGUGGCCUGUUCGGUGGAAACGGCGCAGGGGAAAGCUCAGGUCCACCCAUCAUCCAUCAACCGCAACCUGCAGACCCACGGCUGGCUGCUCUACCAGGAGAAGGUAAAAUACUCUAAGGUUUACCUGCGGGACACAACGCUCAUCUCCCCGUUCCCCAUUCUGCUGUUCGGGGGGGAAAUCGAUGUCCAGCAUAGAGAUCGACUGACCACUGUGGACGGAUGGAUUCACUUCCAGGCUCCAGUAAGAAUCGGGGUGAUCUUCAAACAUCUCCGCAAACUCAUCAACUCACUGCUGGACAAGAAACUGGCCAACCCCAAAAUGAACCUGGAAGAUGAGAAGACCAUACAGAUCAUCAUAGAGCUGAUUAAAUCUGAGAACAUGCUCCGGUGAAGCUCCUCAACCUGCAAACAGUCCUCAGUUUCAGAGUGUUUCCAAUCUUUACAGAACAGUGCUACACAUCCAAAAACCCAUUUAACCCUAAUGAAAGACUGUAGCUCUGCUGAGGAUCAGGUACAGCAGUGCUGCUGGAGUUUUUAAACACUGUGUUUAAUCAUCACUCACUCUCCUCCACUCUAUUACACACUCCUACCUACAGCUCAAACACCUUGUAGAUAAAGUACCUUCUGUACCUGAUCCACUCGUUCCAGAACUACACACACUAAAACCUUAUACACCACCACCACCAUAGUUGACAUCAUGUUAAAAAAAAAUAAAAAUAAUAAUGCACGGCCACGACUUAUUAAGGCAUGGGAAUGAGAUCCUAAUGCAUGGUAAUGAGAUAAGCCCUGUCUAUUACUUAAUAAGCUGUAUAUUAGAGAAUAAUAACAAAAGGAGGAUAAUAUACAGCUCUGGAAAAAAUAAGAGGAAAAACAAGAGUGAAAUAAAUAUUCUAUGAACUACAGACAUUAUUUCUCCAAAUAAUUCCAAUUAAAAUAAUAAUAAUUCCAAAUAAAAGUAAUAAAAAUAUUGUCGUUUAGAGCAUUUAUUUGCAAAAAAAAAUGAGAAAUGGCUGAAAUUACAAAAAAGAUGCAGAGCUUUCAGACCUCAAAUAAUGCAAAGACAAAAACAAGUUCAUAUUAAUAAAGUUUUAGGAGUUCAGAAAUAAAUAUUUGGUGGAAUAAUCAUGCUUUUUCAUGCAUCUUGGCAUCAUGUUCUCCUCCACCAGUCUUACACACUGCUUUUGGAUAACUGUAUGCCUUUACUUACUAAUUUAAGCAGUUCAGUUUGGUUUGAUGGCUUGUUAUCUUCCAUCUUCCUCUUGAUUAUAUUCCAGAGGUUUUCAAUUUGGUAAAAUCAAAGAAACUCAUCAUUUUUAAGUGGCCUAUUAUUUUUUUUCCCAGAGCUGUAGAAUCAGAUACAGAACUACAGUCUAUAAUAUAUAUAUUGGUGGAGUGUUAUUAAUAUAUAUUCUCCCUGUCAUAGUGCUCUACAUGUAGAUAUGAUAAACGUGAAGGCGGAGCUACGGUCUCUUGUUAGGGUUGAAUAGGAUUUUUAGUAUUUAAAAGUGUUCUCUAAAGCUUAUUCAGCCUCAUAGUGGGCAGAGCCUGGAGAGUUCAGUUCAGUUCAGCAUGAUAUUUGAUUGCACAAUAUAUUGCUAAUAUAUUUUAAUCAAUUCAUUGCAAACGAUGCCUUGCGUUCGGUUUACUGUGGACUUUGAGUAUCUCGACCACUCACACCUUUACAUGAGUUCUGGAAGCGUUCUGAUAAAUUUAAAUAUAUGUUUAAAUUGAACUCUAUUGGGAAGUUUCCCAGACAGGGAUUAAGCCUUAGGUUUUAGACUAAGUUUUAGUCUUAAUCCCGGUCUGGUAAACUGACUUUAUAUGAAAUUGAGUUUCACAGGUAGGAGAAUAUAGAGAUGGGAGGAGCCUUAUCCAAGAACUCUGAUUGGUGUAGAGCAAUACUUGCCCAGCCAGGGAAUUGAACCGUUGAACGCUAGUCUACCACGUGGAAGACAUUAUAUGUUACACUAUAUGUCCAAAUGUUUGUGGACACCACUUCAAAUAAUUUCCUAGUUCUUCUCAUAAACUUUAGGUUUUAAGCACUCGCUGAUGACACAGAUGUGCAAAUGCACGCCCAGCUUGUCUUUUCCAUGUAAAAGCGAAGUAUUGCCAACUGAAUAGAACUCUAUGGAGCAGAUAGAAAAAAAAAUUAAAGCUAUUGGUAUCAUGUUUAAUUCCAGGUAAGGGCUAUAGAUUGGUAUAAAGCUGUUGUUAUUGAUUAUCAUCCAAUAUCCUGGUCUCACUUAUGCUGCUCUUGUGGCUGAAUGCUACCAAAUUCUCACAGCAGCGUAAGCCCAAAAUCUGUGAGAAAGUCUCGUUUGGACAGUAGAGACAGUUCCUCCAACAAAAGCAGGAUAAACUCUUUUUAAUAUCCUUGAUUUGAAACAUAAGAAAAAUAUAGAAUUAAAUGAGCAGGUGUCCCAAUACUUUUGUUCAUACAGUGUCAGCUCUGAUAUGAUGCUGAUAUGGAAUUUAAUGUGUAAAAUAAUCUUUUCUUUUUGCUGUAUACAUUUGUGUUGCCAAAUAAAAGUAUUUUAACACAGA